UGGCUUCAAAGUGGCUUGUGCCAAACGACUAGAGAGGUGCAAAAAGUACAAGCAGAGCAUUUGCAGCCCAGCUAAGGGAGAGCGGCAGCUUUCAGCGAGAGCUGCUCCGGCUGCUUGUGCCUCCCCACACUUCUCACUAUAGGCAGAUUCCCCAAGCAUGCAAAAGAAGAUAAAAGGCACUUAACCCAUCUAAUAGAAAGUGACUGUGUGUGUGCCGGCAGCACCCAACCCUGCGGGAUAAAUUAGCAGCUCCAGAGUGUGCCCAAGGCAGCAGGCACAGUAACAGAGGCAGUUCGGUCGGUAAAACCUUCUCCACGCAGCGGGCUCUGGUGUGUGUGUGUGUGUUCAACUGCGCAAAUGGCAUCAGUUCUGGCAAGCAGCAGGAAUUCUGGGUGCCCAAGUAGCCAACUCAAAUUCAAGUCCAAAAUAAGAAGGAGAAGAACGAAGAGAAAAGAAAAAAUAAGCAUGCUGUCAACUUUGAUCGUACCCUUCAAGUAUAUAAGUCCUGGCGGAACCAGCGCGGAUGAUGAAGACAGUUUAAGCACAAGCAGUACAGAAGUAAAGGAAAACCGAAAUAUAGGCAACAGAGAUGAUCACACUUUGUCAUCAAGUGACCGACCCAAGGUAGGACCCCCCAGAAUGAAACGGAAAAGACCUCUGGAGGAAGGAAAUGGAGCCCAUUUCUGUAAGCUGCAAAUCAUCUUGAAGAAACUUUCAUGGUCCGUAACUCCCAAAAACGCCCUUGUCCAGCUCCAUGAGCUAAAGCCAGAUUUGCAGUAUAGAUUUGUCUCCCAGACUGGGCCUGUUCAUGCUCCAGUAUUUUCUGUAGCCGUGGAAGUAAAUGGGCUCACCUUUGAGGGAACUGGGCCUACAAAAAAGAAAGCAAAGAUGAGGGCGGCUGAGCUGGCUUUAAAAUCCUUCGUACAGUUCCCAAACGCUUGCCAGGCCCACUUUGCAAUGGGAAACUGUAUCAGCCCAUCGACUGACUUCACAUCUGACCAGGCAGAUUUUCCAGACACGCUGUUCAAGGAAUUUGAACCAUCUACCCAGAGAGAGCAUUUCUCAGGCUAUAGCCCAGUUAAUAAUGAACUGCUUUCUAGUGCAUAUCGGCAUGGGAGAUUAGUCUGCCAUACAUUGGAUUUAAUGGGCCAUGCUAAACAAAACAAGCACAAAAUGGCAUCCCCGGCUGAGAGAGAGAAGAACCCAGUGGUGAUGCUAAAUGAACUGCGACCUGGGCUGAGGUACGUCUGCCUCUCGGAGACUGUGGAGAAGCAGCAUAUCAAGCGUUUUGUGAUGGCGAUGAGGGUUGAUGGGAGGACAUUUGAAGGCUCAGGACGUAGCAAGAAGCUAGCAAAGGCCCAAGCAGCCCAGAAUGCACUACAGGACCUUUUUAACAUUCGCCUGACCACUCACAUACCCAACAGAAGUAAAUGUAACCAUUUGCCACAGGACUUUGCAGACUGUGUAUAUCAGCUGGUCAUACAGAAAUUCCAGGAACUGACAGAUCACUUUUCGUCGGUGUGUUCUCGCCACAAGGCUUUGGCGGCCAUUGUAAUGACUAGAGGUCUGGACCUAAGGCAAGCGCAGGUAAUCGCCUUAUCCUCUGGCACUAAAUGCAUUAAUGGAGAGUACCUUAAUGACCAAGGGCUUGUGGUCAACGACUGCCAUGCAGAAAUCAUAGUACGAAGAGCCUUUCUUCACUUCCUUUACACACAGCUGGAGCUCCAUCUAAGCAAACAGAGAACAGACUGGGAACAUUCUAUUUUUAUUCGAUUAAAAGAGGGAGGCUACCGGCUGAGAGAAAACAUCAUGUUCCAUUUGUACGUGAGCACAUCCCCGUGUGGCGACGCUCGGCUGCACUCACCGUAUGAAAUCACCUCUGAUCUUAAUCGGUUUAAACACAUAGUGAGAAAAUUCCGAGGACAUCUACGCACAAAGAUAGAGUCUGGAGAAGGAACCAUUCCAGUUCGAUCCCGGGCGGCCGUACAAACAUGGGACGGGGUGUUAUCUGGGGAGCAACUCGUCACAAUGUCAUGUACAGACAAGAUAACAAGGUGGAACAUUCUUGGAUUACAAGGAGCACUCCUCAGCCACUUUAUAGACCCUAUCUACCUACAGAGCAUCAUUGUUGGAAGCUUGCACCACACCGGUCACCUUUCAAGAGUAAUGAGCCACAGAAUAGAAGACCUUGGUAAUUUACCAGCGCCGUACUGGCACCAUCAUCCACUGCUCAGCGGGGUAAGCAAUGCUGAAGCUCGCCAGCCUGGGAAAUCUCCAAACUUCAGUCUGAACUGGAUCGUGGGCAGCACCGAACUGGAAGUCAUCAAUGCGACAACUGGGAAAAGGAGCUGCGGCAGCUCAUCGAGGCUCUGCAAACGCGCGUUGUACACCCGAUGGGCAAGGCUUUAUGGGAAGCUGAGCACGAGGAUUGGGAAUCACAAGGAAACCCCGGCAGUGUACUGCGAUGCCAAGCUGGCACAUCCAACCUACCAAUCAGUCAAGCAGCAAAUGUUUAAAGCCAUUCAGAGAUCAGGACUGGGCACGUGGGUGAAAAAGCCCCCGGAACAGGAUCAGUUUCUAUUAACUCUGUAAAUCAUGGAAACAUCCCCUCCGCCGGAUUCUGCUGGACUGGCACAGUUUCUAUUCCUUCUGUGCAAAUUUUGUUAUUGAUAAACCUCAUUAGAUUAUUUUUGUAAUGCAGUAAAGAUAUGAGAACAAACAGUGUUCUUGGUUGUUUGCUCCUUGGAGGGUGGCAGGAGGGAUAAUGCAUUGGCAUAUGGUUGCCUCCAGGCUAGGGCUAGUUAGUAACAUACACCAAUAGACAAUUGCAGUAGCCUCCCUCUAGUAUAGAUUCAUGGUGCGCCAGAGCUGGGGAAUUCAAUGGAGCAAACAGCCCAGUAUGCAGCUAAUAGCCCUAAGUAAUUAUAUAGGUUAUAAGUGGUCUUUAUAAAAAAUAGAGAGGGUCUCUUGACUGAAUGCUGAUUGGAUGUUGAUGGAGGCUGGACCUUGAUAACUGGCUACUUUCAUGUAUCAUUGAUUUAUUUAGGCCUGUCUCACAUGGUGUCUUUUAAUGAAGAAGGGUCAAUGAUCAGUUAUACAGAUGUUUGGACAUCAAGUUGUGCACCAAGGUACAGCAUGGUGAGCUAACAAUCUCUUGCAAUAGAGUGGCACGGGGACAUUGCAAAUGUCAAGAUAAUUUUUGCUCCAUCAAUUCACAAAGUGGUAGGUUAAGGUAAUGGAAGGCCUACAUCUAAGGUGAAUAAAUGUUUGAGAGCUUAGGCCCAGAUUUUGCACAAGGAUCCAUGGGCCUCUAAUAUCACCACUGUAACAAUGAAUAAAACCACUGCUAUGUACCACAACUUGCUUCUCAUUGGCAUCAAUGUGGUUUGCUCUUCAGGCAGAGCUGUCUUUGGGAGGGGUGUAAGUAUGGGCAGUUGCCCUGGGCUUCGUACAUACCAGAGCAGGAGUUUUAGGUUGGAAAAGUGAAGGAUAAUAAUGGCAGAUAGUUUGUUGCAAGAUGGUGAUGGUGGGGCAAUAUGGUAAAGGUAGUUCAAGAUGGCAACUGAAGGGCAAGAUGUCAACACUUUAUAUCAGUUCUGCCCAAUGUGCAGCCCUUUAGGUUUUGUGGUUGAAGUAAAAUGACUCCAAUGUGGUUGAAUGAUGUUGCAGUUUAACAGCAAGUGAAGGGCAAUGCAUUGAGCCAUUUUAUUUUACAUAUAAUAAUGGGGACCCAUAAAGUCUGUUUGGCCUACCUAAGCUAAAGGCAGCCCUGCCAAUGGGGCAUUGCCCUUACUGCACAAUAUAUUGCACCAAAAUGUACUUUUAUCUUGCUGUUUAAUUUUUUUUUUAUUUUUUUACUAACCCACUGUAUCCUCCAUUCUACCUGCAAGAACAUGCAUGUGGUAUGUGCCAGUAGUUAACUCACUGAAUAAACUACAAAUAGGGUUUUUCGUCCAUUUCUACUAUAGACUGUGUAAAAAUAGACAGUCUCUCUACUUCAGGUACUACUAUGUAGUUUUGGUCCAAAGAAAGUUCUGGCAUGCAGCAAGUGGAGUAAUGCUACAGAACAGUCAAGUCAAACGCAACUCUCCAGCUCUAGACUAAGGGCAGACCCCUGGUGUGGCAGCAGCUGCCUGUCCUGGAAGCCUUAGGGUUUCAUUUCAUUGACUUUUCUUCUCAAGUCAGUCAUGUUCCAUUAUCCCUAUGUUUAUUGUACUCCGCAACAUGGCUGAUGGCAUUGGUUCAUGACUGGUUUACUUCUGUCUGUCCAUGUGUAAAAGAAGAAAACAUCACUGCAAGGUAUUUGCCUUUCCAAACAGAGACCAUAUACCUUAGAUAACCAACAUCUGCAUCUAAUGUACUUACCUUGUCCGUUACAGUACUUAAUGUUCUGUGUGUGUAAUACCCUUAUUCACUCCCUAGGGGGCAUAUAGGCAUAUAGGCAUGUGAAGAAAUCUGUGUUCAACAUCUGAAAUGUGGUUCUAAACAGAGGGUGAGUCUGGGUGGAUUGGACAUGGUAUAGCGUGAUAGAUGCAUGGUCUUAAAAUCAAGAUUUUUAAAACUGGCAGUGUUAGUUAGUAUGGAUAUAGGCAGAGAAUAAUGAAGGUUUAGUGAGGCCCAGAGACCAACCACCAUAUAUAAGUAUACAAUCCUAUGCUCUCCCAUUGAAAUCCAUCUACUGGUAUCUUAUGUACCAUGCAGGUAUCUUAUGUACCAAAAAGGGUUUUAAACUCUGAUAAAAUAUAACUUGUGGUGUGUGGUCAAAAUGUCUGAAAACAUUAUCUUUCAAGUCCCACAUGGGUUGUCUUCUACAGCUUUCUGUGAGAAGAAAUAUUAGGAACUGGCAUAAUCCAGCAUGAUUGGAUCUGCGUUUGGCAUCGGGGGUACAAUGGUAUAUACCAGUGAUUUUGUAAGGUGGCCACACACAUAUCGAUUUUCGACCAUCGUUCACAUGAAACAUUGUUCCCACCCUCCACUGAAGUUCGGGGCUGAAUCGUCAGAUAUGGAGGUAGAAACAAUAGGGAUUCUACUUCCUUCUGCCGAUUCUGCCCUGAACGUAGAUUUUGCUUGGGCGCCUUCAAUGGCACUCGAUCAAAAUCUUUGAACCUACCCGAUCGGCGAGUCGACCGAUAUCCGCAGCCUUUUGCGAUAUCGGUCACCACGCCGAGCCGCCUUUGUUUCGUACGAUAUCAUCAGUGCAUGCUUGGCCAGCUUUAGUAACAAAUGGGUGCAAAUGGGCAACACCUUCCCACACUGUUACCAACUGGAGCACCAAUAUUGCAACUUGUCCUACAUACGUUGCCUUAGUGGCAUAUCCCAGUCUGCUUACAAAUUUCCCUUUGUAUAUGGAAGAGUGGAAUUAAGAUAACAGAGUCAUCUUCAAAGCAAACAAAGACAUUUCCCCCCCCCCCCCCCCCCC